AUGACGGCCGCCUUGUUGAGAUGGGCUCUGCGGAGGAGCGCGGCAGCGUCGUACAUGUCGAUCUGUGCCUUCGCUUCGCCGCCGGGGCAGCAAUGGAAGGUAGCGAUUUUGGGCGCCGCCGGAGGGAUCGGACAGACACCAUCUCUUUUAAUGAAGCUGAAUCCGAUGGUUUCACACCUCUCACACUAUGAUAUCGCCGGAACGCCUGGUGUAGCCGCUGAUGUUAGCUACGUCAAUACCAGAUCUGAGGUUUUGAAGCAAUUCCCUGUAGUUCAAAUUAAGGAAACAGUGCUCAAAAUGUCGAAAAGAGGUCGUCCGCGCUCCCAAGCUUCACAGGAUGCAGAUAACCACCUUAGAGUCGACAAAGACAGUGUUGUCGACGACAUUAUUCCCGUGGCGCUAGCAAAAAGAUUUAGGGAGAGGUUAGCCGAGAUAGGCCCUGGGACCUCUGGUAGUCAAGAGAAGCUGCUACGACUUGAAAUCGAUGAAACAGUCGAUGAUGUUAUUCCAGAGCCCUAG